AAUUCGUUAUGCGCGAAUUGCGAUACAGAGGGAUUAGAAUUUGAGUGUUGGAAAUGUCGAAUAAUUCUUCUUUUCUUGUUUUUUUGUGGGCAGAGAAUAAUUCUUCUUUUUCAAAAUAAAAAUAAAAAUUAAGAAUAGUUCUUCAGAAAUUAUUACAAAACAAAUCACUAGUUCAUGUCCGAUUAAUGCCUUUCAGUAAAUAUUAAUUUCUGAAUAAAAUAACAUCUGUUUCAGACUUUCAGUAAUGAAUUUCGAUAAUUCAAGAACUACAGCCCCAAGAUUUCGCGGAAUAUUCUGAUGGAUUUCAUCAAACCGAGCUCUGAAAUACAGCUCCAAUGCGUUCACACCUGGUGCAGAUCACUUCCAAGAUUACAGCCUUCGCAAAAUCAGGCAGCAUAUCGCUUGCUCGCAAACUGUUCGACGAAUUGCCCCACAGAGACACCAUCGCAUGGAACGCAAUGGUGAGCGGAUAUUUGCAUCUGUCCCUCUAUCAAGAAGCUCGAUCGUUGUUUAAUCUCAUGAGAUCGAACAACGUCAAGCCCGAUCACUUCACGUGCACUGCGGCAUUGAGCACGUGCGCUGCGUUGAAAGAUGACAAAUCCGGCCAAAUGCUUCACGCUCUUGCUGUUGUUUCAGGCUGCAAUCUGUUCAUGCCUGUGAACAAUGCGCUCAUCGAUAUGUACGGGAAAUGCCUGAGAGCUCAAGAGGCGAAUGCAGUGUUUUCAGAAAUGGGGUGUAGGAACGAGGUCUCAUGGUGCUCGUUGCUCUUUGCUUACACGAAUGCCGGCCUUCUUGAUGUAUCGUGUCGUGUUUUUUAUGACAUGCCGGUGAAAGUGGUUGUAGCGUGGAAUACUAUCAUUGCUGGUUAUGCAAAGUGGGGAGAAGUCGAGUGGUGUCUGUGGGUUUUCAAGAAGAUGUUGGAGGAAUCUUGCAGCCCUGAUCAGUGGACGUUGAGUGCAGUUAUGAAUGCUUGUGGUGAGACGAGCGAGCCGUGUUAUGUCCGUAUGCUGCAUUGUUUUGUCAUCAAAAGUGGCUGGAGUUCUGCGGUGGAGGUUAACAAUUCGGCUCUUAGUUUCUAUGCCAACUUUGGUGAAAAGCAUGAGGUUCUUGAAGCUGUCCGGGCUGUUGGGAUGUGUAGUGAUGUCUCGUGGAAUGCAAUCAUCGAUGCUUAUAUGAAGAUAGGUGAUCUUCAAGAAGCCCUUCUUGCGUUUCAGCGUAUGCCUGAGAAGAAUCUUAUUUCGUGGACAUCAAUGAUCUCUGGAUACAUGAGAAACGGGCGUGGAGAGUGCGCUUUGGCCCUUUUUGUUGAUCUGAUGAGAAGUGGAAUUAGGCCGGAUGAUGUUGCGCUGGGUGCUACUUUACAUGCUUGCUCGAACUUGGCAACGCUAGGCCAUGGUAGGAUGGUUCAUGGCUGUGUGAUUCAAUAUGGUUUCCAUGCUCACGCCUACGUUGGCAAUGGCUUGGUGAACAUGUAUGGCAAAUGUGGGGACAUUUGCAGCUCAUAUGUAGCUUUUACUGAUAUAGCUAAAAAGGAUUUGAUCUCGUGGAACACAAUGUUGUUUGCAUUUGGAUUACACGGGCACUCGAUCCAAGCUCUACGCGUUUUUGAAGAAAUGGUGGCUUCUGGGAUGAAGCCAGACAAUGUGACUUUCAUAGGUCUACUGAUGACUUGUAACCACUUGGGCCUGAUCAAUGAGGGGCUCUUCUUUUUCGAGUCAAUGGCUUCGUGCUAUGAUGUUUCUCCUGAAAUUGAGCACGUGGCCUGCGUGGUGGAUAUGCUAGGAAGGGCCGGGGAGCUGGAGAGAGCAAAAGAAAUAGCAGAUAAAUAUGCAGAGUCGAGUGUUGGCUCGUUGGAGGCUCUUUUUGGGUCAUACUUGUCUCAGGGUUAUGUUAAGAUGGGUGCGGGGAUAGCAGAACGGCUGCAUCUGCUGAAGCCCGGUGACGAGAUGAGCUACGUGAUGCUGUCGAACAUGUAUUCAGCUGGCGGGCAGUGGAGACAGGUGGAGGCUCUGAGGAAGGCAAUGGCUGACCGUGGCAUCAAGAAAAUGCCCGGCUGCAGCUGGGUUGAAGUGAGGAAUCGGGUUGUGGCUUUCGUUGCUGGGAGCAGCAACUCUUGCUUGUGCAAGGAAGAUGUGCAUAUGAUGCUAUCUAUUCUUGGAUGUGAUAUGAGAUUUCCCAUGUCUUUUCCUUCUUGCUGGGAUGGGAUUACAUAGCAUUUCUUGCCACAAAAAGAUUGUUGAAAUUCAGUUUUCUUCAUCCUUGCAGAAAAUCCAGCAGAUUUGAAACACCACCAAAAUGCAAAUUUUCACAACCUUGCAGACUCCUUGAUAGAGCCUCGACAGGGAGGCGUGGGCCGACGUGCUUCUCAAUAUGCACGUGAGCUUCUGCAGUGGUCCUCAGAUGGGUUCGUUCUUUUACUGCUGAGGCGACGUUCCUGCCACAUCAUGCAGCACUACAAGGACAUAGACAGUGUGUUUCUCCGACUUCAUUUCUCUUGGAUGUUGUCACACUGGCUCGGAGGGCUGGGUGUCUCGAGACCGCCAGCAGCAAAACCGUGUGUAUAUAGUGUUGAGGAGCACAGCCGUUCCAAGCCCUAAGAACGACGCAAUCAGGAUGGCGUAAAUUGCUGAAAAGUGAAGC